AUGCAACAGUACACAUUAAGCUUCCCCUCCAGAGCAUCCAAUGGUUCGCAUGAUUACAUACAUGCGACAACAAAGGAUGACAGAAGGCAAAGUCAAAUAGGAUAUGAUGGUUGGAAGUUGGUGAGUAAUGUCACUCCAGUCGUCAAUUGGAUAUCGUCCACAUGCAACGAAGAAUGGGUUAUAUGCUGUGGUGUCGUUCAUAGUUCUGUUUUAAGCAAAGACGAUAGGGGUUUUGAUUUUGUGGCAGAUUGUACUACUGUGGUUGGGACAUGGGUUAUGGAUUUGCACAGUUGUGACAAGAAAUAUUUUGUUGAGCUUCGGGUAAGUACCCGGUCCGAUAAACCAUCUUCACAACUCGAGGAAGGACACAACAAGUGGCGAUCAAGGAUUCAGAAGAAAGGAGCCGAUCAAGGAUUCAGAAGAAAGACCGAGACGCAGAGAACCACCGUCCAGGACGUCAGAAAGGAUCAAUACGACCAGCUGAGUAAGGAUGUGCAAAUGUUCAUAUCCGACGAAGAGGUGGGUCACACUUUCGCCUCUUGGUACAAAAGGUACGGACCGGUCGUCAAGGAUUCGGUCUUGCUGGGUAGCAAGAAGUGCGAUUUGAUCCUCAUGGACGAGGCUGCAUAUCGCAAAUAUGCUGAUGACGUACUACCGAAACAACCGCACGAGAUCGAUUUCGAGACGACUGUCGCGAAUCUGGAGAAGCUUUUCGCAUCAAGGAAGACGCUGAUUCGACGACGGCACGAGUGUUUCAGGAUAAACUGCCCGCCGCUGACGGCCAGUUGUGUACCAUUUCGCGACUACGCUAACAUGAUCAAGCGGAUGGACGAAGACGCUCGACUGAAGGAGCUGGACUACACAGCACUGAAGACGCUACAGUUCGUAGCAGGACUUCAGGAUCCGUCGCUUCGUGAAGUUCGUCUGAGAAUGCUCCGUCGACUGGAUACGCACACAGAAGAUGCGCCGUUGACGGUAGAAGACCUCGUUGCUGAUUGUGAGAACUUCACCGCAUUGAAGAUGGACAACACAGACAUGGAAGGAAGUCAUGAUAUCCAUGUCGUGCAGAAAAAGAAUGUGAAGUGCUUCAAUUGUGGAGGGCCGCACUACAGAAGCACAUGUCCGCUUCUCUCCUCCAGCACUAGACAGAAGAUGCGACAGAAACCAAGAAGACGAUCCAACCGUCGCAGGAAAAGCCAGUGUAAGAACGUUGUCACCUUCGCCGCUGAGAACGCUCGAACCUAUCUCGAUGUCAAUAUCAGGGGACGUUCUCUACGCUCCCAGCUCGAGGCGCAGAUAUCACAAGAAGCGACUGUGCCCUAUGCCUCCGUGCCGGAUUUGGAUGCUGAAAUUGAUCGGCUGGUGGCCGAGCAUGUGAUAUUCCCAGUAGAGCAUUCAGAGUGGGCCACGCCUAUCGUUGUAGUCAAGAAGAAAAAUGGGCAAAUCCGCUUGUGCGGAGACUUCUCGACAGGAUUGAACGAUGCGCUGCAGUUGCACCAGCACCCGUUGCCCACCGCAGAGAACGUGUUUACGAAGCUGAAUGGAGGACAGCUUUUCACGCAAAUCGACUUCGCAGAAGCAUAUCUGCAGGUGGAAGUUGAAGAAGAAUCGAAGGAAAUGCUGACGAUUAAUACGCACAGAGGAUUGUAUCGCUACAAUCGUCUACCCUUCGGCGUGAAGUCAGCACCUGGCAUAUUCCAGCAGAUCAUGGAUUCAAUGAUAUGUGGACUGGAAGGCGUUGCGGCCUAUUUGGAUGACGUGAUAGUCACAGACCGCACACAACAGGAGCAUCGCCAUAACUUGGAAGCGCUGUUCGGAAGGAUCCACGAAUAUGGCUUCCGCGUCCGAUUGGAGAAGUGUAGCUUUUUGAUGCCUCAGAUCCGUUAUCUCGGAUGCAUCAUAGAUAAGGACGGACGCCAUUCUGACCCAGAGAAGAUUGAGGUCAUCCGCCAGAUGCCAGUACCGAAGAACGUGGCAGAGGUUCGCUCGUUCCUUGGUAUGAUCAACUACUAUGGGUCGUUUGUCGCGGAGAUGCGCCAGUUACGCGCACCUCUGGAUGCUUUGUUGAAGAAGAACGUUCCGUUCAAAUGGAAUGAGGAAUGUGAAGCAGCCUUCAAUCGCGCCAAGGAAGUGCUUGCUUCAGACCUGCUACUGACGCAUUUCGAUCCUAGUCUGGAUAUAAUUGUAGCGGCCGAUGCAUCAGAGCAUGGAAUUGGAGCAGUGAUUCUGCACAGGAUUCCGGAUGGGACUGAGAAGGCAAUAUGGCAUGCAAGCCGAAGUCUCACCGCUGCAGAAAGGAACUACGGUCAAAUCGAGAAAGAGGGAGAAAGACUUGAUAUUCGCUGUUCGGAAGUUCCACCGUUACAUAUAUGGACGUCGAUUCAAGCUCCUCACGGAUCAUAA